GGUGUACGGGGAUGAGCCGAGUGAAGGGAAGAGAGGCAAAGAGUCCCCGUUCCUGCCCCCAUCAUUCGAUCACAAGGCGGCCACACCCCGAUCGUCUCUCUCUCUUCACCCCGAUCGUCUCUCUCUCUUCGUCUCCCCGUCGUCCUCGAUAGAUUCGAUUCCUUUCCUACGCUGCGCCCCGGCCCCAACCAACAAGCCGAGCCCAAAGGCUGCGGCCGUCGCAGUCCCAUCGAUUCCGCCCGCCUGCUUUCCCACCCCUCGAAGCCGAAUCCGAUGGUUCCACCCGUUGACCGCCUCCGCCAUCGGAGGCCGCGCCGACUCCUCCCCCUCCUCGGGCCCCGCGCCUGCCUCCUCCUAUAGAUACCACCUGGCCCUCCGAUGGCGGUCGGCGGCGACGACGACAUGGAGAGGGACUUCGCCGGCAGGCUGCGCCUCGCGCAUUCGCCCUCGCCCGCACCCGCACCGACCGCCGCCGCUUCCUCCCCCACCGCCGCCGGCGGGAUCGCCUUCCGCGCGCCGCAGGAGCAGUUCACCGUCGACGACUUCGAGCUCGGCAAGAUCUACGGCGUCGGCUCCUACUCCAAGGUGGUGAGGGCCAAGAAGAAGGACACGGGCAACGUCUACGCGCUCAAGAUCAUGGACAAGAAGUUCAUCACAAAGGAGAACAAGAUCUCCUACGUCAAGAUGGAGCGGAUCGUGCUUGAUCAGCUGGAUCACCCGGGCGUCAUCAGGCUCUUCUUCACCUUCCAGGACACCUACUCCCUCUACAUGGCUCUCGAGUCAUGCGAAGGAGGGGAGUUGUUCGACCAGAUUGUUCGGAAAGGUCGUCUGUCUGAGGACGAGGCACGGUUUUAUGCUGCUGAAAUUGUUGAUAUACUUGAGUAUCUGCACAGCGUCGGCCUAAUUCACCGGGACGUCAAGCCAGAAAACUUACUGCUUACUUCGGAUGGUCACAUCAAGAUUGCUGAUUUUGGUAGUGUCAAGCCUACAAGGGAUACUCCCAUUAAAGUCCUCCCAAAUUCAACCAAUGAAAGGGCCUGCACAUUUGUUGGAACAGCUGCAUAUGUACCACCUGAGGUGCUGAACUCCGCCCCAGCAACCUUUGGAAAUGACUUAUGGGCGUUGGGGUGCACGCUGUAUCAAAUGCUUUCUGGCUCUUCGCCAUUUAAAGAUGCCAGUGAGUGGUUAAUUUUCCAGAGAAUCAUUGCAAGGAACCUCAAGUUUCCUGAGUAUAUUUCAGAUGAAGCAAGAGAUCUUAUUGACAAGUUGCUGGAUGUUGAUCCAAGCAAAAGGCCAGGUGCGGGACCUGAUGGUUAUGCUUCCUUGAAGAAGCAUCCUUUCUUCAGAGGCAUUGACUGGAAAAACUUGAGGAAGGCACGAGCACCAAAAAUCGCAAUGGAUGCAAAUGCAAAUGAGGAUGAGGAUAGCCAGGAUUCGAAUUGGUUAUCACACAUGGGAAGCGUGACAGCCAGCCAACAGUUAAACCCUGUUAUCAAUAAUGGUGCUGCAUCAUCUUCUGAAGUACGCUCCCAUAUAUCUAAAUUAGCUUCCAUCGACUCCUUCGACUCUAAAUGGCAAGAAUUCCUGGACCCUGGUGAGUCUGUAGUUUUGAUAUCAAAGCUGAAGAAGAUUAAUAAGCUAGCAAACAAGAAGGUCCAGUUGAUCCUCACCGACAAACCUCAGUUGAUCUGUGUUGACCCUGCAAAGAUGGUGGCCAAGGGGAACAUUAUUUGGUCUGAUGAUCCAAGUGAACUCAAUGUGCAAGUAUCAAAUUCUUCACAUUUUAGAAUAUGCACGCCAAAGAAGGUGUCAACGUUUGAGGAUGCAAAACAGCGUGCGUGGCAAUGGAAGAAGGCGAUUGAAGACCUCCAACGCUGGCAAAAGAAUUAAUUUUCAAUUCAAAUCAAGAUCCUAAAAGCUCAAAUUAUGCAUUGUUAAUACAUCAAAACAACCUUUUCACUUGGAGGAACAUGAGGGGGCUUAUUUCUCCUGCUGUCCUGCUCCCGUGCCUGGUUGCAAGGAAGUCACUACUCGCUAAUUGUCACAAUGACUGACGCCCCUAAAAAUUUUCCCAUUUCUAUCUACAUUUUCAUAUAGCACACAAUUUCGUUUGUCGCUUUUGUGAAUCGUUGCAGCAGAUAGCAUUGAAAUGGCUGCACUCCGGAAAUAUUAACACAGGAAAAUAUUUCAUCGAAACGACUUUAACAGUGUUGCCAUAGUUCAUUGUC